UUGCUUCGACAUGUGCAUCUCUGGCAACACUGGCGAGGCCGAACCAGCAUUCAUCGUCAUCGGAACUGACACGACUGCAGAGUUUGGCUGGGAAGUCAGUCCCUGGUUCUUGGAAAAGUGGCACAUCAUCCUCGAUACGAAUAUCCUCAUGUACACAAACUUUUGGAGGAAACAAAGAGGUCUGCACGCGCUCGUCUGGCCCGGCAGACAGCGCUGAUAUCUCACGCUUGCGGCUGUACACACUCACCACCAUUCAUUUGCUUUGCAUCCUGUACUCCUCUACGCUUCCCUGACCAGGCAAUGUAUCAAAUCGUCACCGGUUGCGCGCUUUGCAGGUCCUCUUGUCGACGUUGCGCGAAUUUUCUUGUUGACUCGCAGAGAUGAAUGCU